UAUGCUGUCCACCUACCCUAAUGCGAGCACAGUCAGCACAGACUUGGGGAGUGCAGUUGGACAUUUUGCAGCUGGCCAGUGUGACACUGGGAUCCAGUCACAGGAGUGGCUCAGAGCCGUGCCAGGGGGGAUCAGAGUGAAUGUCAGGAAGCAUUUCCGUACUGAGAGGGUGCUCAGACCUGGAGCAGCCUCCCUCGGGAGAGGGUGGAUGUCCCAAGUUCAGCAUUCCAGGAGCACUUGGACAACACCCUUGAGCUUCUGGGCAGCCUGGAAGGGCUCAGGCUGUUGGGCUGGAUGGUCCCUGUAGGCUGUUCUGGUCCACAGGCAUAACUGCUUCCCAUUUGAAUUCUCCAAUUAUUGAACCCCUCCACCGCUAGAAUCAUAAACCCAAACUUGUGGCUGCCACAGCAGCCUGGCACAAGUUAAAUGUGCAGUGAGCAAUCACUGCUUAAGCUUCAACUGUCCAGGGCUUCCCAAAGUGCAGCACAAACAGUGUCAACUGUCUUACACUGGGCCUUGUUAAAUGAAUGUUAUUAUUUCAUAUUAUUCAGCCUCUGUAAAGUUGUGGAGCUCUUUUCUGAGAAAUGUCUUCAGUUCUUCAGGGAGCUGCUGCUGCACUGAGUCGAUGUUGAGAUUAUUUGCAGAACACCUGCCCUGAGUGCAGGUCAGAAAUGCUGGAGAUUAGUCUAUUCAGCAUCUCCAACAUUUACAGAGUAUUCCUCGGUGAUCACGCCUGUUAUUACGUUGGAGAUAGGCUUGCACCAGUGUUUGUUCUGUACAUACGUCCUGGCUGCGUGUAACGCCAGGAUCCCUACAAAGAAAAUGAUGAAAGGCACACCAUUCUUGUGUUAUCCCUUUUUAUAGCCAUCUAAUAUGCAUUGCUGAUAGAACAAUGAUGCUUGGCUAAAAUGUAAAGGAAGUGGAUUUGAAUCCACAGUGUUGUCGUGGUAAUAGCAUUUAAGAACCAUGAAUGUUUUCCUGCCAUGAAGCACAGCAAUGUUUUGCUUUGCCAUGGGGUAUAUGAAAAAGGGAAGGAUAUUUUAAAACAGAGAGAGCUGUUUCUUGAUGUUUACACACAAAUUGAUGUAAUCGGGCUUCUUCUUAAAGAUUGUCUUGAGUGAGUUGAGUCACUCACAGUUCAUAACACCCUUUGGUUGUACCUGGUUCCUUUUCUGUUGUGGGGGGUCCACAAUAAUAUUUCUCUAUAUAAUCAAGUUACUAUUUUCCUUAGAAGGGUAAUCAAUUAAGAAUUAGAAUAAAUCCUUAUGAACAACUAAAUAAAAAAGGCAUAGUACAUAUACAACAUAUGAGAAAGGUUUAUUUGUUUGCAUGGUAUUUUCAGUACAAGAGAUUUGGAACUGAGUAAGAAUUCAUCUUUGGUGGGUUUUGGUUUUGUUUGCUGAAAAUGGACAACGUCCUCAAUUUUUCAAUUUCCUGCCUUGAUUGCUCCAAACAAUUAGAACUUUCUCUGGAUGGCAAUGUUUUUUUUUGAUCAGCUGUCACUCAGCACAGAGCACAUGUCAGUAGCUGUACUGUGCGCUGCACAGUGCAACUUGAGGCUUGAGAAUACUGUUGUGAAUUAAGCAGGAAUGCAUAAUUAAUAACCAAAAGAAAAGAAUGAAUCACAUUAAUCAGUGAAAGAAGAUGAAACAAACUGUGACUAAACAAGGGAACAAUUUGGCUCAAUAGAGCAGGAUACAGGAUUUACUUCAAAAGGAAUUGUACAAGAUUUUGCCUGGAAAUUAUGUUAAUUCACAUCCGUGUGAGUUUCCAGUAGUAGGGAUAGUUCAGUUCUGUCAUGUGGGGCUAGCUGGAGGAGCUGGCAAGUUCCUUACAGUCAGCUCUGCUCUGUGUAUCCCAGCUCCUGCCAUAGUUCUCUAGACAGCAAAAUCAUCGCAUUACACGUGGCUUCAUCCUGUCCCUGCUGUUCUCCUGGGUGAAGUCCUGUAAAUGCGCAUCCACUUCACUGUCACUUGUGACUGGAAAUUUAGGAGAUGCUGGAAAUUACAAUAAGCUCUUUACACCAGACUUGCUGUUCCAGCGAGGGACAGGGAGACCCUUUGCCCCAAGUGCAGCCGAACCGGAGCCCGCACGGUGCGGUCCCGCAGGAUGGGGGGUGACGUCUCCCCCCGCGGCUCCCGGGUCCCCUCCGCGGCUGUCGCCGCCCUCCGAGGAGCUCCGGUGCCCGGGCGCUGCCGGCGGCACGGCCCCGCGGACGGAGCAGGGGAGCACGAGCUAGCGGGACGCGGCCGUGCUGCGAAGGGAAGCGAGAGAGAGAACGGCCCCCCCGCCCGGGGCAGCGCCCGGGCCGGCACCGCCCCGGCUCCCCCCGCGGGCGGAGCGGCCCCGUGAGGAGGCGUCAGGCGCGGGCUCCGCUCGGGGCCCGGCUCCGGAUAAAUGGAGGGCGGCGGCGGCGGCCUCGGCGGAGCCGGAGCGGAGCGCGGCACCGGCGGCAGGGCAGGAUGCGCGGCGGGCGGCCCGCGGCGCUGCCGCUGCUGGCGCUGGCGCUGCUGACGGCGCAGGGCGGAGCGGCGCCCCUGCAGCCCGGCGGGACCCCCGCGCUCACCAAGAUCUACCCCCGCGGCAGCCACUGGGCUGUGGGACAUUUAAUGGGGAAAAAAAGCACUGGAGAUUUUCCUUACGGUCUUGAAGAAGAAAACAAGACACCAUUUUCAGCAUUACCUGACAAUAUCAAGCAGCUGGAAGAGUAUCUGCAGUGGGAAGAAAUCUCAAAAUAUUUGCUAAGGCUGCUAGAAAGGAAUGAAAAUAAAAGUCACUAUUCAAAAGGAGGGCUCCCCUGGUAUACCAGGAACACCUGGGAGACAGAUGACAAUAGCAGUUGGAAACAUAUGAUGGACUAUCUGCUUCAAGUUGUGAAUAUGAAAGAGAGCGCUCCAAGCUGAAAGAAGAUCACUAAAUCAUGAAGAAAUCGAAUACUUUCUGUAAGAGACUAUAUUUCACAAGCACUUGAUUGUAUCAGAUAAUCAACACGGUCACUUUUCUGUACACAAGAAUUCCUUUGUGUAAAGUACUUAAAUACACAUAUUCUUGUAUGGUUCAGCAAGGACUAAAUCCUCUACUUCAUUUUCAAGGUUGCAUUUUCUCAUUUGAAUGGCUUUGAUAUAUAUAUAUAUAUAUAAAAUUGUCACGGAAGGGUCUUCCAAUUAAUUAUAUUACUUACCUAUCAAAUAAUUUCAUCUCUUAGUUUGAAACUACAUGACAUUGCAACAUUCGCAAUAAAUAGUAACA